CUUUUCUAUUUAUUUGUUUUGGGUUCCUUUUUUUUCUUCUUCAUUGUUUUCACUCUUCUUCUAGCUUCUCUUCUUCUUCUUCUUCUUCAUCAUCCAUCACUGACCGUAAUCUCUUUGCUUUGCCUUGCCUUGCCUUGCUUUGCUUACCAUCAGCUUGCUUUGCUCCAAGGAAAAAACCACCAGCAGCCAUGGCUCCCCCUCGCGGCUUGGGCCAGCUCAUCGCCAUAUUGCUGCUGGCGCUGGCGCCGCACCUGGUGGCCGCAGACUGUGAAUGCGGAUUCGUCACGCACACUUCAGCAGCGCAGAAACAGGCCAGAGACUCGUCCGGCACAAGCCAGUUGUUCUUCACAAACAUGCUGGAGAGCAAGUUUUUCGAGCUCAAGAACAUCUCGCUGGAUGGCACCUGGCGGCGGCAGCAGUACAACGUCUCGGCUCGGGCCGGGCGAGGCGAGUACGGCAAGGCGUUUGCCGUGAAAAAUGUUUAUAGCCUUCCCGGGAGCGGCGAUGGCGAUUCUACGGCCAGCACUGGAUCGAGUUCUCAUCCUGCGGACGAUGGCGUUGCGCUGGUUGUUGGCAGCACCCUCACAAACGACGCCGUCCCGGUGGCAGAGCUGGACUCGGCUCGGUCUGACAUGGUCUUUGGCUCGUACCGUGCUGGCAUGAAGCUGACUCCGGUCAAUGGCACUUGCGCGGCUUUCUUCUGGUACUUCAAUGACACCCAGGAGAUUGACAUGGAGUUUCUGUCUCGAGAGUUUGACCCAAAGAAGAAAGUAUACCCCGUCAACCUCGUGAUACAGUCGGAAGCAUCGCUGCAGGCGGGCUUUGACGCGUCCAAGACAGGCACCUUCAAGGUGGUGAACCUUACCUUUGAUCCCACUGCCGGAUUCCACGAAUAUCGCUUCGACUACUUGCAAGACCGAGUGCUCUUCUACGCCGACAGCCAGCUGCUCGCCGAGAUGAGCGGAAGCUCGGUGCCCACUAGCCCUGGCCACCUCAUUCUGCAGCACUGGAGCAACGGCAACCCCUUGUGGUCUGGAGGCCCUCCCGAAGAAGACGCUAUCAUGACUGUCAGCUACGUCAAGGCCUAUUUCAACUCAUCUGAUUCGGAUGUCCAGUCGAGCUGGAAUAGCAGCUGCCAAAAGGCGCUCUCAAAGGGCAGCAACGAGACGGUGUGUGUGGUUCCUGAUGUAACGGCAGCAAACGCAAGCACGGGAGGCACCUUUUUCAACACCAGCAAUCCAAAUGAUGACAAGAACGGCGCAAAUCGCCUGGGCAGCACGUGGGCGGCGACAACGAGUGCGCUGCUGCUGCUGCUGGUAUUGAACUGCCUGUAAAAGGGUGGAGAGGGG